AUGGCUGCUCUAGCUAGGCGUCAUCGGAGUCAAGAGACUUUAGGUAUGGCAUUCAAAGAGUUCUCAACGGCGCUAGCACAAACCAAUGCUAGCCUUGCUGACCCCGGCACGGCAACACUCAACGCCACUCUGGGUGCAGUGCUUAACCUGGGUUUCUUCGAAUCAAUUGUCUCCACUGGCAAACACAACAUCAAUAACUGGAUAGCUCACACUCUUGGGACUAUCGCAUUGUUGCGUCUACGAGGACUUCAACAAUUCAGAGAUCUUUUCGGUCGACACAUGUGUAUCCAUGCUGCCUAUAACAUCCGCGUCAGUCGCAUUCACCGUGCUGUUGAGGUUCCCAAGGAUCUCAUUAAACUCGAGGAAGACUUUUAUAGGGCGUUCAAUUUCCCUAAGGUCGUUCGAGACCAUUACUCUAUCAUGAAUAGAACCUGCAAUAUUAAGGCUGACUUGAAAAACGGGCUGACUCCUGGACUCAUCUGCCGAGCUUUGGAAAGCGAGCAUGAGGCAGACCUGUUCAUCCAAGGGUUUAGCCCACCAAGAAGUCCAGUACAAGAGGGCUUACGCAGCACAUCUCCACUAGAAACUCGCCAACCUCCGGCCAACAGCGCUAUGAUUCACAACGCAACGGGUGCUCCACCUUUGGCAAUGAUGGCUCGGUGGUUGUUCGGAAUUGGUGCUUCAAUCUACACCGGCCAACCCGAGAUCCUGCAGAGGAUGUACCAGGUUAGUGGUAGACUCCACGGUGAUACCUCUGCUGAGGAUUAUCAGUCACGCCUGGCGGCAUAUGCUGCAGGGAAAAUUAGUCAAAUCUCCAGAAAAUUUCUCGCAUUUGCACCCAAGUUCCUAAAUGCAGAAGAUCUAGCCCCUGGCUUUCCAAAAAUGGCUCGUUGCAUGGUUUUACCUCUGGCAUUUAUUCAGAGUAGCCCUUGCUGUCCAACUGACAUUUAUCAAGAAGCCAAGAACCUACUUAUGAGACUCGAAAAUGACAUCGAAUUAUCUCGAGGCCAAUUUGCAGCAACUGCCCUUUAUACGUCAAGAUUGGCAGGAGAAUGGCUUCCUCUUCACCAUAUAAUCUAG